AUGCACAUGGAGGCGGAGGCACUACGUGCUAGUUUGUUCAUCGCAAUUCACCAAGGGUGGGAUGAAGCUGAAAUCGAGGGUGAUUGUGCAACUGUUAUGAAGGCAUUGGCUACUAUAGAUGGUGAUGUGAUUGAGGUUAGUUUUAUUUUGUCUGAUUGUCGUCAUUAUAUGGAGGCUUUCAGAUUUAUAUUACUUCGUCACGUUUAUAGAGAAGCAAAUGGUGUGGCGCAUAGACUGGCUCAUCUUGCUAGAUCAUCGAGUUUAAAUGAGUUUUGGGUUGACGAGCCUCCUGAUAUUAUUCAGGAUGUUCUCAUGGAGGAUGGUUGUAAUAUCUCACGAGGUUUAGGUAGUAUGACCCCCUCGUUAUACGAUAUUUCUCUUAAUAAUAAUAACAUGGGUGAUAAUAUCUAG